GAGGGAUAGGUCUGGUCGACCGUGGCUGCAGCUCCAGACGCGCAGUCGGAGCUCGGCGAAGGGGCUGCUGCUGCGAGCACUGUGCGCAUGCCACUUUCAGCGCUCAACGUGUGGCGCGCUUGCGUCACGCUGUCCCUCCUCAGGACGACGCUCGCGCAGGAAAGGCGGUCAAACGGAGCGCUGGAUGACCUGGAGAAGCUUGACGACUUAUUAAGAACCUAUGACCGGCGUGCCCUUCCCACGACACACUUGGGAACGCCAACAAAAGUGGCUUGCGAAAUCUACAUACGCAGCUUCGGGUCCAUAAAUCCAGCCACAAUGGACUAUGAGGUUGAUCUUUAUUUGCGGCAGACUUGGCAAGAUGAUCGCUUGACGAGCCCCAACGUAUCCAGGCCCCUGGAUCUCAAUGAUCCAAAGCUGGUGCAGCGUAUAUGGAAACCAGAAGUAUUCUUCGCAAAUGCCAAACACGCAGAGUUCCAAUAUGUCACAGUACCUAAUGUACUGGUCCGCGUUAACCCGAACGGAAAGAUUCUAUACAUGCUCAGGCUCAAGCUAAGGUUUGCAUGUAUGAUGGAUUUAUAUCGCUUUCCUAUGGACUCCCAAGUUUGCAGCAUCGAACUCGCCUCAUUCUCGAAAACAACCGAAGAACUGCAUCUGGAGUGGUCUGAUACCAAUCCGAUAAUACUAUUCGAAGGCCUGAAGUUACCACAGUUCGAGAUUCAGAAUAUAAAUACGUCAAUCUGCAUGGAGAAAUUUCACAUCGGGGAGUACAGCUGCCUGAAGGCCGACUUCCACUUGCAGCGGUCACUGGGCUACCACAUGGUGCAGUCGUAUCUGCCUACAGUGCUCAUAGUGGUCAUCUCGUGGGUGUCCUUCUGGCUCGACGUUGAGUCCAUUCCGGCGCGCACCACACUGGGCGUCACGACGCUGCUCACUAUUUCUUCCAAGGGCUCCGGGAUACAGUCCAACUUGCCUCCGGUCUCAUACGUGAAGGCAAUCGAUGUGUGGAUGGGAGCCUGCACGGGCUUCGUGUUCUCGGCGCUACUGGAGUUCACCGUUGUCAGCUGCCUGGCCAGGAUGCAGGCACGAGACAAGGAGUCAAGUAUGGUUACAACAAAGCACGGAGUGGCGAUUGUCAACGCUGUUCCUGAAAACCAGGCGUCGGUUCCGUGCACUGUCCGGGCGAAAACUAUUGACCAGGUCUGCCGCGUAGCGUUUCCGGCCAUCUUCCUUGUCUUUAACGCCAUUUACUGGCCGUACUUUAUGUGCUUUACAGAGUAGAACAUCACCGAACAACGCAAUAGUUCUGCGGAAAACGUGUCCGUAUAACGUGUCUUGAGGCUCAUUGUCACGUAUUUAUACCGGCAUGAAAGGUAGGUAAAGGGAGCGUUCGUUAAAUCAACCAAUAUAGCGUCCUCAGACAAUUACGCACACUAGUUUAGAGCAGCCAGUCGCAUUUCCUUUACUACUAUCGAGUGAGUUUGGACUAAGUCAUGAGUUCAUUCCCUUCGGUACCUUCUGUCAACUGUCUCAGGGAAGGAUAGGUUGGUGCUUCGAGCUCUUUAGCGCAUGUGAACUCAGUUGGGAUGCUUAGGUACGCGCAGUGACCGUGAAGCUCUAUAAUGUUUUUUGGAGUAGUAAUGAAAGCGGCACUGACGGUCUAUAAAUUUGAUGGCAUGAGGAAGUGCUCUGAUGACUAUAAAAUGCACAACGGCUUUAUUGUGGAAUAUGGCGCGUUCUUUUUUUUUUCUAAUGUAGGAAGGAUAGAAUAUAAGUUGCAAGAAGCAGAUACUUAAAAUCCUAAACCCGCGCCGCCAUGUAGAUGUCUGAUUUAGAAGAUAUCGUUGCACUGCAUCACAAGCGGUAGCAUACAACAAAUUUAAGCGCUUCUAUAGGAUAUAGAAAUAUUGAGUAUUACUUGGUUAAUGCGGGAAUCGUAAUUGUUAAAUGUAUUUUCGAUUAACGAUUGGGACUUUCACUGUUUGAAUACAGACUUUGUUGUGCCUUUGUGUAAUGUUACGAAAAGAAAGAAAAUCUGAAAAGAAUAGCAUCUACGUUUUCAAUACCAGCCAUUCUAGUCCAGAAGGCAAGCCUGCUGCAAAAUCCGAAAGCGAAAUUAAUUUAUGUUAAAUAUAACAUGGCGGUCAUUUGCCCGAACUUUGUGACGACAAUUGACAGCCUCAACUAAUCUGCGUAUUCCAUUUUUUCGAUGCCAUCUAAGUCAUUUUCAGGUGUUCAAAGUUUUAAGGAAUAAGCUAUGCUUAAGCUACAAUUGAUCGUUAACGAAGUGCCAGCGCGAAGAUUUGCGAGUUGGAUUUCGUAUAUAUGAGUGUUCUUUAUACACCCUGUCACUACCUUUUUCGAGGCGAUGAGCCGAGAAUUCAGAAAACGUGAAAUUUUUUUUUUUUGUGUAUACUGCAUGCUGAAGACAUCAAUGACCCCGUUAAAAAUGUCUGUAUGAAUACUGUUGCUAUUUAUGGUAAUUUUGAAAUCGUUUAAUAUAUGCUAUGUUACGUGAUAAAGUAUCGAUGGCUAUACAUUAUCAACCUCCCAUUAACUUGAUCAAUCUAAUCGUCCAGACAUCUAAUGUCCGAGGAACUUCAGGUUUAUUAACUGUAGAUUAAAACUCUUAUGUAUAUAACGGGACGGAAUGCAAGAGCUCGUCAUAUUUCAUGCAAUUUCAUUAGAUGCAGGGAUGUUUUCGAUGGAGGUCAUUCGUCUCCUGAAAAGAAAAAUUGACAUCCACCCGUAUGUAGGACGAAGCUAUGAAGGAAACCCAUCUGGGUGCCCUUUGUAGCUUCAUUUUUGUCCGAGAUAAGGUUGAUAUCUUCAUAUCUGUACUAGAAUGAGUAAAACUGAACUAGGUCUGAAAAACUUGGGUUUUCUUAUCGCACUACCGUCAUUGAAGUGCUCAGUACUAGGUCUUGGUGAAACACGUGACUAAAAUUUGUAAGUUUUAGAAUGAAUCUUUGCAUUAUGAAAGAAACGAGCAGAAGAGAUAUGGCUAACUUUAUUUGCUGUUUUAGCCCAUUAUUCUCUUACUAGAGAUUUAUGGGUGACAACAGAAUUCUCAGAAUAGUGCAUUCUCUUAAAAUAACUUGACAUGGUGUGGUAAUUUCCCUAAAUCUCAUCUAGGUAGAUUCUUUAUUUAUGUAAUUUGAGGGGACAUACCCAUGAAAACAAAAAGACGACGGUCACUUGUGGUUAUUGAAGUCCUUCCUGCCACUGUUGGCUGAAAUGUAUUUGUAUGUUUUUUGGUCAGUCACUGUGUCCCGAAGCUUCUCCGUGCUGAAGCUUAAGUGAGUCUAUGCUGUUCAACACCAUUGUAUAUUUUUGUAAUAAAAUAGUUUAUUAAAUGGC